AUGCGGUCGAAGUUCAAGGACGAGCACCCUUUCGAGAAACGCAAGGCUGAGGCUGAGCGUAUUCGCCAGAAGUAUGCUGAUCGUAUUCCGGUCAUCUGCGAGAAAGUUGAGAAGUCGGACAUUGCUACUAUCGACAAGAAAAAGUACCUAGUGCCUGCGGACCUUACUGUUGGCCAGUUCGUCUAUGUCAUUCGCAAGCGCAUCAAGCUCUCUCCCGAGAAGGCCAUCUUCAUCUUCGUCGAUGAGGUCCUGCCACCAACCGCCGCGCUCAUGAGCAGUAUCUAUGAAGAACAUAAGGAUGAGGAUGGCUUCCUGUACAUCACAUACUCUGGCGAGAACACUUUCGGCGACUGCUGA